CCUGUUGGUUAAUUAUGAAAGCUUGCACAACAAGUAGUUUUUCUACCGAGGCACAGGUUCUGAUUCUGUUCCAACUUACCAGGUCCUGCUUCCUCAGACUUACACAAACUAACUCAUAGCACAAGGAAUUCCCUCCUCAUUUCAGUUUUUUUCUACAUAAAGAUGGAUGAAGAACCCAUAAUUUAUAGUAUUACUACUGAAAACCAGGAUUUUCAGCAGAGGCAUACACCAAAAAAUAUUAAGCAUAAAUUGAAUCCAAAUGAAUUGCCAUUAACCAAGAAGAAGCUGAAACACCAGAAACCUUGUAAAAGACAGCACAAAAAUAUAGCAGAAGAUGUCAAUGAUGAAGGAGAUGUCUUGCCUCUUCCAUGGAGACUCAUUUCUAGCAUGCUGGGUGUGUUGUGCCUUCUCCUAAUGGCCACGGCCAUUGUGGUAGCUGUUGUUACUGCAAACUCAUCUUCCAAAAAACCACCUCUCAAAAUCCAGCAGAAAGUCAUAGAGAACCUGUGUCUUGGACCUCAGUGUCAUUCUUGUCCAGAGAAUUGGAUUUGGUUCAGAUGCAGCUGUUACUACUUUUCCAAGGAAGAGUUAACUUGGAGAGAGAGUCAAAGUGCCUGUUCAUCUCUAAAUUCCAGUCUCAUCAAGAUAAACAAGGAGGAGAUGCAUUUCUUCUCCUUAAAAACUUUCUUUUGGAUUGGAGUCUACUAUAAUGAAACUGGCAGGCACUGGCUGUGGGAAAAUGAUUCACUUCUGCCUUCUGAUAUGUUUUCUCUUUCUACACCUACAUUAAGACAAAACUGUCUAUCUUACAAAUCAAGAGAAGUUUAUUUAAGUGAAAGCUGUGGAAUUAAACAGACUUACAUUUGUAAGAAUCACAUUAUUUUUUGAUACAUAUAUGUGGAAUCUAGAAAAAUGGUCCAGAUGAACCUACUUGCAAAACCUAUUAUCAAACCUAGAGACACAGAUGUAAAGAACAAACCUGUGGACCCCAAGAUGGGUGGAAAGGGGGAGUGGGAUGGAUUGGGAGAUUGGGAUUGACCUAUAUACACUACCAUGUAUAAUAUAGAUAACUAAUGAGAACCUACUAUCUAGCACAGGGAACUCAACUCAAUGCUCUGCGGUGACCUAUAGUUGUAAAGCAGUUAUACUCCAAUAAGAAUUAAAAAAUAGAAUCACCUUAUUUAUUCUGUAAAUUCACAGAAAAGAUGAGCAUUACUCUUAUCUAAUUCUACACCUUAAUAGAAUCGUCAAUGGUCACUUUCUUGGUCUAUAGAGAAAAUAUGUAUAUGAACACCUCUAGUAAAAACAGAAUGUUCUCAAAAUAUACUGCAAUGCUAUUUUAUAAAUGUACUAUAAUUUUGUUGAGUGGGUAUACUUUGAUUUAGAUGACUUUCAUGAAAUAACACUGUGAUAAUACUUAGAAUAUAUAUGCCAAUGCACUUUAGGAGACAUUGCCUUAAAUAUUUUAUGAAUUACACCAUGAGAUAAGUUAAUGAGACAAGGUUAGACUGUGUUGGACAUUAAACAGUUGUCUUAUGUAAACUUACACUAUUGACACUGAUAUAUGUAUUGCUUUUUUUGUCUAUAAAAUUGUCAAAGUAUAUUGUUAAGUGAUAGAACACAGAACCAGAUGUAGAGAUUAGUAUAACUGCACAAGAAAUAGAAUUGUUCCAUAAUUUUUUUCAAAAUUAGCUUUCAGCUUAAUUACUACCCAAAAGUCCAAUUUAUUUUGUAACAUGGUGACUCUGAGACAGCUAAUUAGACCCAUAGGUGACAAUGUGGUUUAAAAAGAUUUUGCUUUAAAGUCUCAAUUGUGAAAUGUUCAUUCCUUUAAGUUGUUCUGUUGCAUAGUAUUUUUAAAAAAUCAAAAAGAAACAAUUAGUAUUUAUUUCCUUUUAAUUGUAUCAAAGCCUUUAGAAUUAUUAAAAUAAUAGUGAUGACAAGCUGUGGUUCAUCUUCUCUUAGUCUUAAAACCUUCUAUACCUUUUACACAUACAGAUACAAUAAGCUCCCUUUUAUGUUUGUUUAAUAAGAUUUGGUCUUUUGCAAAGAGCAAAAGUUAUGCUUUACCAAAGUUCUUAUUUCACUAGAGCAGAAGCUACAUGAUAAUGACAGAAGAAUUAGAUAUAAUCAUCCCUUGAUAUUUACAGGAGAUUACUUCCAGGAUCCUUGGUGGGUGCCAAACUGUGUAGAUGAGUCAAAGUCCUUAUAUAAAAUAUUUGCAUAUAUUUUACAGUAUUUGUAUAAGUGUAUGGCUUAUGUACAAAAAAUAACCUUGGUGUAUUAUUUAUAUAUAAUAGAUGUACAUAUAAGUCAUCUCUAGGUUAUUUAUACCAAAUACAAUGUAAAUACUAUGUAAGUUGUUGUCAGAACAAUGUAAGUGCUAUGUAGAUAGUCGCCUGGGUGUGGCAAAUUCAAGAUUUGCUUUUCAGAAAUUUCUAGAUUUUUAAAAAUAUUUUCAAUUCAUGAUUAGUUGAAUUGGAAGAUGCAAAACCCAUGGGUGCAGAGGUCCAACUGUGCUGUAUUUGUUCUUAGUCCAAGCAUUUCCAUUGAUGAAAAUAAUCAAUAAACAGUCUCUAAUAGGAGCAGAAAAGAGCUUUAUUUAAGGCAAAUUGAGGACUUAAUCUGGAAGACAGACUCUCCAAUAACUUCUCUGGAGAAGCAGAAUUUUCAGCAUCGUUUCAUAUCUUGUUAGAACAAAGAACAACAAGCAAGUCAGGGAUACAUUCCUUCAAAGUGAAAGUGAAGUCGCUUAGUCGUAUCUGACUCUUUGAGACCCCAUGGACUGUAGCCUACCAGGCUUUUCUGUCCAUGGGAUUUUCCAGGCAAGAGUACCAGAGUGGGUUGCCAUUUCCUUCUCCAGGGGAUCUUCCCAACUCAGGGAUCAAACCCGGGUCUCCCGCAUUGCAGGCAGAUGCUUUACCGUCCGAGCCACCAGGGAAGCCCAACAUUCUUUCAAGGAUUCACACACACAAAAAAAGAUCAGCAUGUAUGCAGAGGGUCAGUGUGGCUGUGGCACCUAGGAAGAGUCUUAUCAUCAGAGGAUCAGCACUGGCAUCCCCAGAGGGGAGCAUUUAAUCUUUUUUUAACAUGGACAUUCUUCAGUUCUGAUCACUGUGUCCUUUACUUUAAUAAUUAAAGCAGAUGUACAGUGUAUGUUUGAUAGGCCACAAAUAAGGUGUUAGUUUCCCUGAUGGCUCAGAUGACAAAUAAUCUGCCUGCAAUGUAGGAGACUUGGGUUCAAUCCCUGGGUCUGGAAGAUCUCCUGGACGAGGGAAUGCAACCCAUUUCAAUAUUCAUGCUUGGAUAAUUCCAUGGACAGAGGAGCCUGGAAGGCUGCAGUUCAUGGGGUCACAAAGAGUCGGACAUGUCUGAACAACUAACACUUUCACUUUAGUACAAAAUUCAAGUUAACUUAUGCAUAAGCCACAGUGACUUCCGCAUACCUCAAUAAGUCAAAACUCCUUUUGUCGGUUUCUUCCACUCCUCCAUACUUACUUUACUAUGCUUUUAUUCUUUAAAUAUUUCCCUUCCUAGAUGGUCAUUCUAAGCAAAAAAGCAGAUCAGAGCAACUUUUCCCAGUUUAGUUUCUUACUCUGGUAUGUAGUUUCAUGAAGAUUUUUAAAAAAAAGUUUCUUUUUUGAAUUAUGGUUUUCUCUGAUAUAUGGCAAGGAGUGAGAUUGUAGGAGCAGAUGGUAGUUCUAUAUUUAGUUUUUAAAGGAACCUCCAGAAUAUUCUCUGUAGUGCCUGUACCAAUUUACCUUCCCACCAACAGCAUAGGAGGGUUCCCUUUUCUCCACACCCUCUCCAGGAUUUAUUGUUUGUAAAAUUUUUGGUGAUGGUUAUUCUGAUUGGUGUGAAGUAAUGUCUCAUUGGUGUUUUGAUUUGCAUUUCUCUAAUAAUUAGUGCUGGGAAAGAUUGAGGGCAGGAGGAGUGGGGGCUACAGAGGAUGAGAUGGUUGGAUGGCAUCGUCCACUCAAUGGACAUAAGUUUGAGCGAACUCCAGGAGAUAGUGAAGGACAGAGAAGCCUGAUGCACUACAGUCCAUGGAUUUGAAAAGAGUUGGACACAAUUGAAUGGCUGAAUAACAGUGAUAAUUAAUCAUGCUAAGCAUCUUUUCAUGUGUUUUUGGCUAUUUGGAAGUCUUCUUUGGAGAAAGAUCUGUUUAAAUCUUCCAUCGAUUUUUUUGAUUGGGUUGUUUGUUCUUUUGAUAUUGAGCUGCAUGAGUUAUUUGUAUAUUUUGGAGACAAAUCCCUUGUGGGUCACUCCAUUGCAAAUAUUUUCACCCAUUCCGUGGAUUGUCUUUCAUCUUCUUUAUGGCUUCCUUUGCCUUGUAAAAGCUUUUAAGUUUAAUUAGAUCCCAUUUGUUUAUUUUUGCUUUUAUUUUUAUUAUUCUAGGAGGUGGAUCAAAAAUAUCUUGCUGUGAUUUAUGUCAGAGAGUGUUCUGCCUAUGUUUUCAACUUGAUUCCCUUAAUGUUAUAUAAUUGCUUACAACAACACAGCCCAUGUGCUACAAUACAUGGUUUUAUUACCUACUGUUGAAGAGCAAUAUCUGAAGCAUUGACAUGCCAUGUUACAACUCACCUUGUUUAGAAGAAAGUGAAUAACAUAACUGAAUUAUUAGUAUAAACAGGCAAAUAUCAUACAUAACUUAUAGACAUUUCCCCCAAAUAUCCCUGAAGUAUAUAUCAGCAUUAUCCUUUGAAGAAGAACCUGAAAAGCUGUUGAGCCACAGAAUAAAGUUAAGCACUGACAUUCAUAUCAUUGUUAUAAUGUGAAAACUUAAAAACAGAACUGGUGAUAGAAGUUUAUAGCAAGCAUAGGUAUGUUUGUCACCCAGAUUGUACCAUUAACAUUUGAGUAUAUUUCCUCCAUUACAUAUCUGUCUCUUAUGCUUUUAUCCACCCUUGAUACACCUUAUUUUUUAUACAUUUCAAAAUAAUUUCCAGAUAUCAGUACACUUCCCUUCUGAGUACUAUAGCAUGUAUGUCACUAACUAGAGUUCAAUAUUUGUUUACAAUUCUCUUGUUCUUUUGAAGUACAGUUUGCAUACAAUAAAUACACAGAUUUUAGUAUUACUAUUCAGUGAGUUUAUCAUACAGUCUGCUGCAAACUGCGAUCAAGAUGAAGAGUAUUGGUCUUCACUGGUGGUCCAGGGGUUAAGAAUCCUACCAAUGUAAGUGACACAGGUUUGAUCGCUGGUCGGGGAAGAUUCCGCAUGCCAUAGAGCAACUAAGCUCAUGUACCACAACUACUGAGCCUGCUUGCCCUAGAGCCUGAGCGCCACAACAAGAGAAGCCACUGCAAUGAGAAGCCUUGCACCGCAACUAGAAAGUAGCCCCCCGCUCGCUGCAACUAGAGAAAGUCUGCUCAUAGCAACAAAGACUCAGUGUAGCCAAAAAUAAACAAAUAAAUAGAUACAAUUAUUUUCUAAAAAGAUAAAAAAUAUGACUCUUUCCCAGAAGAUUCCCUCAAGUUCAUUCCAAUAGAUCCCUACCCACUCUUUAAAGUCAACCACUAUUCUGAUAUUUCUCUAGUAUAUUUUGUAUAUUCUUUUUUAAGAAUUAUUUCAAAUUCUGUUUUGUUAUGUUUUGUAUAAAGCAGUUUUUCUUCCAGUGUAAUGUUUGUGUGAUUCAUAUAUGUUCUUAUAUGUGAUGUUCAGAUUUUACACAAAAAUUGAUAUUAAUUUCCACUGAUUUUUUUUUUUCCUAAGGUGGGCAAGGUUUUAUAUUUGGCAUCUGAGAGUUCCUUUGGCAGCCUUACUUUGACAGUCAUAUUUCCAGAAAUGAUGACUUCAUUUUCACCAUCUUCAUGGAUUUCAGUUGGGUUUUGGUGGAGUGUUAUCACAGAUUAGCACAGAGUAUAGGCCUCUGCAUCUGAUCGCAUAGGCUUCUACUACACACGACAUUUGAUUCUUAAAGUUGACCCCAUUGUUUCCUAGUGGAGGAGACCACAGAACACUGGGCAUUUCUCCCUACCUACUCCUGGUAGAUUAAUUACAUCAGAUGCUUGACCCCUUCUUCGAGUUACCCGUGAUGCAUCACUGCUCUCAGCACUUUUCCAAACAAUAGUGUUACUAUUUCACUUUGCUCAACCAAGUCCAGUAACACGACUUUAAUCUAUACCAGGCCCUCAGUUUUUAAGAUUAUUUAUAGCCUGACAGUUGUGUUUGUUUUCAUAUAAAGUCACUCAAAAUGGCUAAGAGUUAAGGUGUUUAGUGGAGCGCCAUGACCCAUAUCAUUCUUGGGCAUCUAGUUGUUUUUGAAUUUUAGUAUGGCUUCCUCAAAAAUUUAUGAAAGAAAUGAAAGAAAGACUUUACUUUCCUUUUUCUUAGUAAGUCAAUUUGAUCACUGAAUGAGGCUGUCCCCAGAAAGAUGCAUGCGUGUGGGUGUGUGUGUGUGUAUUUUCAACCAAAAAUAAAACAUAUAUAUAGUAGGGAUUUGGCAUCUAUAUAUAGUUCUAUUAUUGGAAAAAAAAAAAAUGUAGUUAGAACCAACUAGGUCCAAGAUAGUGGAAGAUUUAACUUUCAGUAGACCUUGAGCCUCUUUAUAUGCUCAUUAUAAUUCAUUAGCAUAAGCUAAAGGGCAUACCUACAGCCACCAUGACAGUUCUGAAGCUAACCAUAAAAGGAAACAAAGUGGGCACUGGACCAAUUCCUGGAAAUCCCUGCCCCUUCCCCAAAACGUUGGAAAAAUUCCCCUAUUCAUUGUGUGUGAUUGGUCAUUCAGUUGUGUCUGACUCUUUAUGACCAUUUGGACUGUAGCCCACCAGGCUCCCCUGUCCAUGGGAUUUUUUGAGGCAAGAAAACUGGAAUGGGUUGCUAUUUCUUCCUCCAGAGGGUCUUCCCGACAUAGGGAUCAAACCCAGGUCUUUUGCUUUGCAGGCAGAUUCUUUAUCUGCUGAGCCAUCAGGGAAGCCCUGAAAUUACCCAGUCCAUAAAAAUGAAUCACCCCAUAUUUUGGGGCCUCUUGCCUUCUGAGAUGGCUGCAUUCUGUCUGUGGAAUGUGUUUCUCUCUAAAUAAAUCUACUUCUUAACCUUAAAAAAGAGAGAGAGAGAGAAAACAAGUAGUGUGACUGUAUCUUGUACUUACAAUCCCUGAACUGGUGCUAUCUUUAACCCUUUUUAUUGUCUGUUGGUUUUCUUAUUCAUCUCUUAAGGCUUUGUCUCAUGACAAACAUGGAUUUUAAAAUCUUAUUGCUUUAAAUUCUUAGCUUUCUAUAAUCUUCCUAAAACUUCCAUUUGAAUACAGAGGUUUUAUAGAUGGUUGCUAGGAAUGGAUUGCUUCCUUCCACAUGUUCUGUAAAUCACGCCUGUCUCAUUCACUUAUUAUUUUAGGAAUUAUUUGUAUCAUGUUGGCAUAAUCUAGUUUUUUGUUUUGUUUAGCAUGAAUAUCUAUAUGUGUGUUCUUAUAACUUUCUUGUCCAAUUGCAAUUUAGUUCCCUAAGGGGGAAUAAUUUAAGUUUUCAAAAAAUUUUAUUUUAUUUUUUAUAGAAGUAGAAAGUAUGCCAGGUAUUUGAGAGCUUUUCCUGAUAAUGCAUUUUCUUUCCCAUUAUUUUCUUCUAAAAAAUAUGCUACCCAAUGCAUUCACUUGAAAAGAAAUCUCUGGGGAAUAAAUAUAUCAUUUAGAAUAUGAUUGUAACAUUUGCAUCAUCACAUAUAUGACUUGCAUUAAUGAUUUCUCCAUCCUCAUGUAAUUCUAACUUUUAUUAAAGACUUUUCCAGCCUCAUAUUAUUUCACGUUUUUUUCUGUCUCUUCUUCCUCCUUCCUUCCUCUUCCAAAUAAAAGAGCAAUCAUGAUUUUGAAGCUAAUUCUGUUACUUGUGAUAAUGUAUGCCUAACUGAUAACACUAAUGACCAUGUUCCUACAUGUCUAAGCUUGCAACUUAAGAAUCCUGAGAUAGGAGGAUUAUUCUCGAUUAUCCAGGUGUGUCCUAAAUGUAAUCACAAGUGUUCUUUCAGCAUGGAAGUAGAGUGUGCCUUGACAGGCGAUCAAUGAGAGGGGGUAAAGUGAUGUGGCUGCAGAAACAGAGACUAGAGUGAUGUGGCCACAGUUCAAGAAAUGCUGGCAGCCACAAAAGCUGGGUGAGACAAGGAUGAGACUUGAAGCUUGCAGAUGAAACCAGUCCUGAUGAAAUCUUAACAUUGGCCCUCAUUUAGAUUUCUAGCCUCCAAAACUAUAGGAGAAUAAAUUUCUGUUGUUUUCAUUUA